AUGUCACAACCGCCUGGCUUUCAAGACUCAACCCAUCCGAAUCACGUCUGCAAGCUCAAGAAAGCACUCUACGGGCUGAAACAAUCACCGCGGGAAUGGUACGCAACCCUCUCAAAUCAUCUCACUGACUACGGCUUCCAUAUCAGUGCGUCCGACCCUUCGCUACUCACGUUCCAGUCCGGUACCACCCGCAUGUACAUGCUCGUCUACGUAGACGACAUCCUACUCACAGGUAACUCUCCUACCGAAACACAUAAAUUACUUUCUAAUCUUCAUUCUUCUUUUCAGAUGCGGAAUCUAGGGAGCCUAUCUCAGUUUUUGGGCAUUCAAACAACCAAAACUGAGAACGGCUUCAUACUUCAUCAACAAGCUUAUGCCAAAUCAAUCAUCCAGCGGGCCGGUAUGGACACAGCAAAGCCGGUUGCCACUCCUAUCUCCUGCAAAACAACUAUCACCUCAAAGUCUCAAGAUCCAUACGAUCAACCUCAACUGUACCGCCAAAUUCUCGGAGCAUUGCAAUAUCUCACACUCACCCGACCGGACAUUCAGUUUGCAGUUCAACAGCUAUGUCAACACAUGCAGAACCCGCUCAACAUUCACCAGGAGGCAUUAAAGCGUCUACUUCGUUACAUACAGGGAUCCUCCGCCAUCGGCAUUCCUCUUUACCGAUCCAACCUCACCCUCACCGGUUAUGUCGACGCCGAUUGGGCCAGCAACAAUCAAGAUAGAAAAUCCAUAUCCGGGUAUUGCAAUUUCUUAGGAACAUCCAUCAUUUCUUGGCAAGCAAAGAAACAAAACACGAUCGCCCGAUCCUCUACGGAAGCCGAAUACCGGGCCUUAGCCACCGAGACCACUGAGAUCCUUUGGCUUCGUCAACUGCUCGAAGAUUUCCAUACACCGCAACAAGCACCUACCACAGUUUUCUGCGACAACACCUCUGCAAUCGCAUUGGCUCACAAUCCCAUCUUUCACGCCCGCACAAAACAUAUUGAAGUUGAUUGUCAUUUCAUUCGGGAUUGUAUCAAGAAAGACAAAAUUUCGGUUCAUCAUAUAUGCACUGAAGAUCAACUAGCCGAUCUCUUCACCAAAGCUUUACCAACUCACCGAUUUCAGAUCCUUUCCAGCAAACUCACCGCUACCUCCUAG